AGUGACGAACAGCUUUGGGCCAAACGACCAUGAGAGGGCCAGAGCUCGGGCCCGAAACUAGCAUGGAGGGGGACGUUCUGGACACCUUGGAGGCGCUGGGGUAUAAGGGUCCACUGUUAGAGGAGCAGGCACUCUCCAAGGCAGCAGAGGGUGGACUGUCUUCUCCUGAGUUUUCGGAGCUUUGCAUUUGGUUAGGCUCCCAGAUAAAGUCCUUAUGCAACCUGGAAGAAAGCAUCACUUCAGCUGGGAGAGAUGACCUAGAGGGCUUCCAGCUUGAGAUAAGUGGUUUCUUAAAAGAGAUGGCCUGCCCAUACUCGGUGCUCGUGUCAGGAGACAUUAAAGAGCGCCUCACGACGAAGGAUGACUGCUUGAAACUUCUGUUGUUUUUAAGUACAGAACUGCAAGCUUUACAAAUAUUACAGAAGAAGAAACAUAAAAAUUCUCAGUUAGAUAAAAAUAGUGAAAUUUGCCAGGAAGUUCAAGCUAUAUGUGAUGCUCUUGGGGUCCCCAAGUCAGACACUUCAGACAUUCCACUUCUGCUGAGCCACGUGGAAUCAAAGGUGAAGGAUAUUCUCUCUAAAGUCCAGAAAAGUCAUGUGGGAAAACCAUUGCUAAAGGUUGAUUUAACUUCUGAACAGGCAGAAAAGCUGGAAAGAAUUAAUGAUGCUCUUUCCUGUGAAUACGAGUGCCGCCGGCGGAUGUUAAUGAAACGAUUGGAUGUCACAGUGCAGUCCUUUGGAUGGUCCGAUAGAGCAAAGGCAAAAACAGACAACAUAGCAAGAAUUUACCAGCCCAAGCGCUAUGCUUUGUCACCUAAGACAACAGUCACGUUGGCACAUCUGCUUGCGGCCCGUGAGGAUCUGUCUAAGAUCAUCAGGACAAGCAGUGGUAUCAGUCGGGAGAAGACGGCAUGCGCCAUUAAUAAGGUGCUUAUGGGAAGGGUUCCAGACAGGGGAGGACGGCCAAAUGAAAUUGAACCACCACCCCCUGAAAUGCCCCCUUGGCAGAAGAGACAAGAAGGCGGAGGGAGGGGUGGCUGGGGAGGUGGAGGGGGUGGUAGAGGAGGUGGUGGGGGAGGAAGAGGUGGAUGGGGAGGUGGAGGAGGAGGGUGGGGAGGGGGUGGAGGAGGAGGUGGAGGAGGAGGUGGAGGAGGGUGGGGAGGAAGCGGUGGGGGAGGGGGUGGCCGAGGAGGUUUCCAAGGCAGGGGAGAUUAUGGUGGGAGGGGAGAUUAUGGUGGAAGAGGGGGCUAUGGUGGGAGAGGGGGUUAUGGUGGGAGAGGUUAUGGAGAUCCGUAUGGAGGAGGAGGUGGUGGGGGUGGGUAUAGAAGAUACUGAUACCUGCAGAUGUUAGAGAACACUGCUUCCUACUAGAUGCAGUAGAUAUAGUGUUCUGAGGAACAUACUUGAACAUCACCCUGAGGUAGAUCAUGUUAGUGCCCCCGAGGAAGGCUUUCCUGAAUACAAAAGGCCAUUUUAUAUACUGGGUGAUGAUCCUGCAACAUGAUUUUUUUCCAUAUUCUGUGUACUAAAGCAUGCUGUGUCUUUUUAAAAGGCAAAAACAAAACCUAUUUUUUAAAAUGUAAAUAUUUAUUACCAGCAACUUGGAAAAAUGGAAUGUAUUUUAUUGUCAUGUUUGAAUUUAGACUGUAAACUGGUAUUUUGUUCAGGGUUGAAACACAUAUGACACCUGCCAGUAACAGAAAGGAAUCUAGACUCGAGUCGUUUGUAUUCUUGGGGAUCUGUCCUGUAUUGUUAAUUCUAUUUUACAAAAUAGAGGAAGUGUCUAAUGUGUGUGUAGUCAGUUGUCCUUUUUAAAAUUGGUUGAAAUUCCUCUGGUCAGGUUUUUAUUAAAUUUCUGUUAACUGAAGACAUCUUCUUUA